AAAAUUUAAUUAAAACCUGCCAAAACACACACAUACACACACAGAGCAGCCAUGGAUUGCAUUGGUUUCCACCAAUCAUCGUUUACUCAUACUUUCAUCAACCCAAAACCUUCAAAUUUCACUUUUAAUAACGCACCGUUUAUUUAUCGUCAUAAUAGAAGUAUAAAUAAUGCAUUGAAGCUCACAAGUACGUGCUGCUGUGCCGUUGGAUUAUCAUCAGGAGAAUCAUCGUCUUCCCCUUCGAUUAAUUUUGCAACAGUCGAAGCUGAAAUAACUCAAGAAACCAUCGAUUUCUUUUCUAGCGAUGCAGAGGGCGAUCCUGACCGUCCAUCUCCCGGCUACUCUUCCAUCGAACAAGCCCUCGUCGCAUUGCGCCAAGAAAACUUCGUGAUUGUUGUAGAUGAUGGUGAAAGUGACGAUGAUAACGUUGAAGGAAGCCUUGUAAUGGCAGCUUCACAUGUGAGCUCAAAGGCUAUUGCUUUCAUGGUGAAGCAUGGUUCGGGUAUAGUUUCGGUCGGGAUGAAAGACGACGAUCUCGAGAGAUUAAAGCUCCCUCUGAUGUCACCGGAAAACGACGACGGUUCUUCCUCCGCUCCUUCGUUUACGAUCACAGUGGAUGCAAAAGUUGGAACAUCGACCGGUGUGUCGGCUUCAGACAGGGCGAAAACUGUCCUUGCUCUCGCAUCUUCUGAAUCCAGAGCUGAUGAUUUCGUAAGGCCGGGCCAUGUUUUCCCCUUGAAGUACAAAAACGGGGGCGUUUUACGAAGAGCGGGCCCCACUGAGGCUUCUGUGGACUUGGUGACCCUGGCUGGUCUAAGGCCCGUUUCGGUUCUCUCAGCGGUAGUUGACUCGGAAGAUGGUUCAAUUGCUUCAAUGGCCGUCUUACGAAAUUUGGCAUCGGAGCAUAGCAUUCCAAUUGUUUCGAUCACGGAUCUCAUAAGGUAUCGGAGAAAGCGGGAAAAAUUGGUCGAAAGAAGUGCGAUUUCGAGUAUGCCGACUAAAUGGGGUUUAUUUCAAGCGCAUUGUUAUCGUUCGAAACUUGACGGAACGGAGAACAUUGCCAUUGUAAAGGGAGAAAUUGGGAAUGGACAAGAUGUACUAGUAAGAGUGCACUCCGAGUGUUUAACCGGUGAUAUUUUCGGUUCGAGGCGGUGCGACUGUGGCAGUCAAUUAGAUUUAGCAAUGCAGUUAAUUGAGAAAGAAAAAAGAGGUGUUCUCGUUUAUCUUACGGGGCACGAGGGGCGUGGAAUUGGGCUAGGUCACAAACUAGAUGCCUAUAAUUUGCAGGACCAAGGCCACGACACGGUGGAAGCAAAUAUCGAGCUUGGUUUUGCUGCCGAUGCACGUGAAUAUGGGAUUGGUGCCCAGAUACUACACGACAUCGGAGUUCACACGAUGCGAUUAAUGACAAACAAUCCAGCAAAAUAUACCGGUUUAAAAGGUUACGGUUUGGCAGUUGUUGGCCGUGUUCCUGUCCUAACUCCAAUCACGGAAGACAACAAGCGAUAUCUCGAGACGAAAAGAACGAAAAUGGGUCAUAUAUAUGGAUCCGAUCUAAAAAUCCCGAUUACCGAAUUCGUACGAGAACUCCCUGAUCUUUAGGUAUAUAUAAUUUUUUUUAUUUCUUUUAUUUUUUAAUUUUUAUUACAUUCAACAAAUACAUGCUAUUUAUUCUUACAUUGUGAAAAUAUUACUCAUGUUUCAAAUUCGGUAACAUCAUGUAAAGAAGUUUAUACAAAAUGAAUUGCAAUAGUUAUAUUUGCUGAAA